AUGAGUAAGCAAGAAGACUCUCCAUCAUCACAAACAACAUUUAAAAACAAUGAAAACACGUCGUUGCCAGAAAAUGAAAUAAAAACUUCAUCCAUGAUUAUUGAUGAUUCUUUAGAAACUUUACCGAUUCGGAGCGCAAGAAAAAUUGUUCAAUAUAUACAUGAACAAUUGGAAAAGAAUUCAGAAUUAUCCCUUCCAAAGAAGAGAGCUAUCCAAUCUGUGAUUACUGAGGAACGAGUAUUAAAAGAACUUGAACACAUGCUCGGAAAAGAAUAUAUUAAUUUUUCAAAUGAUGUCAUUCAAUUAGGAAAUCGUCUUCGUACGAAUAGAAAAAUGGAUGUGGAAUAUAAUGAUAGGCCCGAACCUAUUGUAUUGACCACACGAGUCAAAAGUAUUUAUGGAGGAGAAAAUUUGAAUCGAGAGACCAUUGUGAAAAAGCCAAAAUCAAAAAGAUUUGAUCAAUCAAAAUAUGAACAUUCGUACAAGUUGAAUCGACAGCAAGAAUUGAACAAGCUAUUAAUGAAAGACUCAAAAACUGCACGAAUGGACAAACAUGACAUUGAGGAGAAUGAACCUAUUCGAUUAAUUUAUGAAGAGGAAAAACCUUCUGAGAAGGAAAUUGAAGCAUAUCGAGGAGACAAAAAUGAAGAAUUGACAGAUGAAGAACGAGCAUUGCAGCAGGCUGUCAGUUACAUGAACAAAUUCAAAGAUUAUUUCAAAUAUAUUCAUAAUAUUAAGUUUUUGAAAUUUAUUCCAAGCAAAGCAGCACGAGCAAUGAUUAUUGAAAAUUUUGAAAAAUAUCUCAUGGAUGCAAAAUACUAUUUACACUUUUAUCACAAAUAUUCAUAUUUCUGGGCUCCAGAAUCCACACGCUCCGUGGAACCAUAUCGAGGAUUAUAUGUUCCCUUAGACAAACGAAAAGAAGAAGAUACCUAUCAUUUCAACACUCCAGUCAGCAAAUAUGAGCCUCUUCGUACCAUGAUCUAUCAAGAUUUUCAUGAUCGAGUGAGGAAUGGACUUCCUCCUUCUCUCGACCUCGAUGGAAAACUUCCCAGCUUGGCCAUGCAUUACGCAAGAACAACGUUUGUACCUCCCAUGUCAUUGGAUGAAAUGGAAAGACUCUUUUAUCCUCUCCAUGACGUGUCUUCUGGUAGUGGUGCCUCUGCCAUUAGAAAACCAUCAAUUACAGUUCCAAAAUUUGAACCAAAACCUCCAUUACCAACAGUUGGAUUUCUCAAUAGAUUUCAACACACAUAUUUUACUCGAAAACAUUUACUACGACAGAAACACAACACUGGUAGCAACAUCACUUCACUGAAGAAUAAGAAUUUAUUUGUGUAUUACGAUUCGUAUUCUGAAAUGCUGUCGAAUGUGACUGGAGAGGAUUUCUUAGACAAACUAUCGAGGAUGAUACUCGUGUUGGGAAAAUCUUUCAAGCCAUUUCCAGACUAUUUUCAUGCCGUAGGAAUUUUUCACACCUACUCCAAUAGCUCUAGCAUAUCCAUGGAACUAAUCAUGCUCCUGUGCGCGUGUUUGUAUAUGGGAAUACCAUUUAUUUCUCCGUUUGCAAAGGUGAAGAACAUUGAGAAUACUCUUGACGAUAUUUCUAAUUAUUGUGAAAUGCCACUUGUCAUGUCUGCCGAUCAUAGAAUAGUGUCACAAAUGAUGGGAGUGACCCACUCCAAAGUUAAGCAUGUAUUAUAUUACGGACACGACGAAUCUUCAAGUGAAGAACUCAUUCAUCGAGGUGAAUUAGUCACUCAGGAUCCCAUCUCUCACAUUUUACAACCCACCAAAAUGCCAUCAAGACAUGAUCACAAAAGCAGCACCAGUAGUCAACACUCUGAAGCAACAACGAGUUGGGAAUAUGUUCCAAAUAGAGUAGAUACAGCCAUACAAUUACAUCAUUUCAAAGCUCUGCUUUCUGGAACUGUUGGUAUUCAUUCUAGUCAACUCGAACAAGCUCGAGAAGAUGCUCUCAAUCGUUUUAGACAAUGGCAAGGAGACAUACAUUCCAAUGAAAACAUUUUAUUCAUGUCAGCAUCUACUAGUGGAAGAGAAGAUAAGCUAUGCAUGACCAAUACAAUAUUUGAGAAGAUUUUGGAUUCACUUUCUGCGACCAUGCAUGAAAUGAUUUCUGCUGUCUCUAAAUCAGAUGUGAAAAAUCAAAGAGCUCAAGUCGUAAUUAUUUCCAACGGGUUUAGUUACAUGACACCGUUUUUAAUGGCCUUUUGCUUUGAACAUGCACUUUCUUUCUCAUUUGUGCCGAGUACUAUGGACGAGAGUCAUUUAGUGAAAAUAUUGAACGAAUUGAAACCUAAUAUUAUUUUUACAGAUACUCACACGACGAAUAUUCUUAUUUCACGAUUAUUACUUGGAGGGAAUCUACAGGAGAAUCAUCACCACAUGGAUCAACCAUUCAAUCCUCUUCUAGAGACCACACAUUUAUCAGAGCUAAUGAAUAGCGUUGAAUAUCGAGGUUUGCUCACAGAUUGGACAACAUCCAACAUGUUCAAAAACGUCAAAAAUUCACUCGCUUCGAGGAAUAACCAUUCCAAUUCAAGAAAUGAUUUUAAAAAACAUUUAUUGGGAUUAGUUUCCAUUGGACCUGUGAUUUGUGAACCAGCUGCACAAACUAUUCUGAAUCAUUUACCUUUUUGUUAUCAAAUUGUAAACUUGGACGCAUUCAUCUCUCCUCUCGUAGUAAGAGAUUUGAGAUUGGUUUAUGAUAGAGAGCAAGAUUACAGUUUUCAAAUUUUAAAUCCAUGGAAAUUUGUGAAUAUGAAUGAGGACGAAGCAAGAAUGAUUGUUGAAGGUCCAAUGCCUCCAAAAUUAGAUCCACUCUCAAGUGUGGAGAACCGAAAAGAAGAAUUUAUUUUACAAGAUUUGCAAGAUAUUGUGUUCGAUACUGCAAAAUUGACAGAUCCAGAAGCUAAGCGCGAAUUAAUUGAAAAAUUUGCAAAAACGACCAUGCCCGAUGAUAUUCGACAAUCUCUUACCAAAUGUCUUCAGUUGAAAGAAGAGUUUGAUUUUUAUCAUCAAGUUCUUUCAUUUGUUGAGAAACGAGAACGAACAGAACAUGUCAUUGGUUUGGCUUUCUUUGAUAAUUGUUUGUAUUCGGCCUUGUUGGAUGAAUUAGAGACAUUGGCUCCUUUCAGUGACAUUCAAGAAAUUGAAUUGGAAGAAGUGAUCAAGUUUUUACAGUUGAGAAUUGAACUCACUGCUCAGUGUGUCCAAUUUCAAUUACUUGAUUUUCGAUUUAGAUUUUCACAAGCACUUAAAAUGAAUCGAAUCACAUUUCAUUUCAAGGAAAAGCCAUUACCAAUACUCUAUUCGAACAAGUACAGAAAAAUAGACACAGAUUUGAAAUGGGUGCAUGAUACUUUCGCGAAACGAACAUGUGUGUUGAAAGAAAGUGGAUUCAUAGUGAAUUUGGAUUUACUAGAAUCUCUUUUUGAAUAUCAUUUAUGGCCCUCCAUAACGAGAUGUUAUAUAACACCCAUUGUAGAGAGUAAUUUAUUUUCAAUGAUUGUUUUCGGAAGAUUGAGACAGCAAAUGAAUAGAAAGUUGUUUCAACACGUUUCUAAUAAGGUUAAAAUGCAAUACCAGAAAAGUUUAUUAUCACAGAAUGUGGGCUUGAAGAAAAAUUCAUGGUAUUCUUCCUUGUUACGCCAAAACUCUGCUGUGACAAAACUUGAAGUGGAAUUACCACAAACCAUUUUACCCAGUUUUGAAAAGUGUUUGAUUUUGGGAUCUUACUUUGAUAUUUGUGACGGCAAUAAUGAAGUUUUAAGAGAAAGAGUGAUGGAAUUGUUUGGAGAACGAAUCAAGCACAUGCUUGGUGGAAGCAACAACAGAAAUCAAGACAUCUUUCGUCUCUCGAAAUUGUAA